CCUGCGGGCCUCGGCCGGACUUCCGGGUCGCGCGCCUGCUGGCUGCGGCGGACGACCCUCGGAGGUCUCGCCCCCGGCCUGGCGCCCAACCGUCCCCGCGUGGCCGUUUCCGCGGAAGCUGGCGCUCCCGGGGCCUGGGUGCGCGGCGGGAGCAGCGGGCUGUGUGCGCGGAGCGCCAGGGCGCUGGCAAUGUCCAUCUUUUUGAGUUGGUUCCCACUAAAGAACUGAAAAGCUCAAUUUCAGAAACCAAGAUUGGUAGCUUCUGUAGAAAAAAGUCAGAUCUGGCGGCACUGGACCCAGACUCCCGGGUGUCACCCACCACCUAGAGCUCCCCCCGCAGGCCCCGCCAUGUCCGGGCCCCAGACCCCGGAGCCGACCCUCGAGGGGCAGGCAGACGCCUCCGUGGGCUCGCCAGACGAGGACGCGGCCGACGGGACCCAGCACUCGCACCGCAUGCUCAGCUUCAGCGACGCGCUGCUGUCCAUCAUCGCCACCGUGAUGAUCCUGCCCGUGACCCACACAGAGAUCUCCCCGGAGCAGGAGUUUGACAAGAGUGUCCAGAGGCUCCUCGCCACCAGGAUUGCUGUGUACCUGAUGACCUUCCUCAUCGUGACUGUGGCCUGGGCGGCCCACACGAGGUUGUUCCAAAUUGUUGGGAAAAUAGACGACACGCUGGCCCUGCUCAACCUGGCCUGCAUGAUGACCAUCACCUUCCUGCCGUUCACAUUUUCCUUGAUGGUGGCCUUCCCCGAGGUGCCUCUGGGCAUCUUCCUGUUCUGCGUGUGUGUGACCGCCAUCGGGGCCGUGCAGGCGCUGAUCGUGCUCUACGCCUUCCACUUCCCGCACCUCCUGAGCCCCCAGAUCGAGCACUCUGCCCACCGCGGCCUCUACCGGCAGCACAUCCUGGGCAUUGUCGUGCGGGGCCCCGCACUCUGCCUGGCCGCCGCUGGCUUCUCCCUCUUCUUCUACCCCGCGUCAUACCUGCUGAUGGCCACGGUCAUCUUCCUGCCCUACGUGAGCAAGGCCGCCGGCUGGUGCAGGGCCCAGCUUGUGGGCCCCAGAGAGCCCCCGGCUCACAGCGUGGAGGUCUUCACCUUCGACCUGCACCAGCCGCUCAGCAAGGAGCGAGUGGAGGCCUUCAGUGACGGGGUCUACGCCAUUGUGGCUACUCUGCUCAUCCUGGACAUCUGCGAGGACAACGUCCCGGAUGCCAAGGACGUGAAGGAGAAGUUCCAGGGCAGCCUGGUGGCCGCGCUGGGCGAGUCCGGGCCGCACUUCCUGGCCUACUUCGGCUCCUUCGCCACGGUGGGCCUGCUCUGGUUCGCCCACCACUCGCUGUUCCUGCACAUCCGCAGGGCCACGCGGCCCAUGGGGCUGCUCAACACACUCUCGCUGGCCUUCGUGGGCGGCCUGCCCCUGGCCUACCAGCAGACGUCAGCCUUCGCGCAGCAGCCCCGGGACGAGCUGGAGAGCGUGCGCGUCAGCUGCGCCAUCAUCUUCCUGGCCAGCAUCUUUCAGUUCGCCAUCUGGACCACGGCCCUGCUGCGGGAGGGGGAGACGCUGCAGCCCUCGGCACGCUUCGGGGGCCGCGAGCACGCGUUCAUGUUCGCCAAGCUCGCCCUGUACCCCUGCGCCAGCUUGCUGGCCUUCGCCUGCACCUGCGUGCUGAGCAGCUUCAGCACGGCCAUCUUCCACGCCAUGCAGAUCGCGGUGCCCUUCGCCUUCCUGCUGCUGCGGCUCCUGGUGCGCCUGGCGCUGGCCGGCCUGCGGGCCCUGCGGGGCCUGCUGGGGCCUGCGCGCGCGCGCCCGGCGCCGGGGGCCGCGGACGAGGCCCAGUCCCUGCUGCUCCCUGCCCCCUGCUAGCGCCGCCCCACCCCGCCCCACCUCGAGGGCCUCGUGAAGAUUCCUGUUCUGCCUCAGAUUACUUCCACUUUGCAGAGAAGAGUCUCAAGGCAGCUUCACUGUGUUGCUUGUGCCCGUUGUCCGCUCGAGCCAGCAGCGAUGAGCCGCAGAGGGCUGGCAGGAGGCGGAGGCCCAGCCCCUCCCUGGACUCAGUCUACACCCCAGUGCAGAGGCCCCAGCAGGCUGCCAGAGCACCCCCCACCCUCCACAACUCGCCCCGGGCACAGCGACGCAGGAGACGGACAGCAGCAGGGUGGGUGCCCAGACUCUAUUUGUCCAAGAUAUAAAUUACGGUCACCUUCAGGGGGUAGGUCACACACGAGGGAGGGGUGCAGAGCUCACACAGACUCAGACUCGCUUACACGCAGGGCGCUCGUCCACCCGAACCACAGUGACAGACAGUUCCCAUCAACCGGUGCAGCUGCAAAGCAGAAGCUGACUCCACCCCCAGGAGCGCAGGCCCGAGGGACGCACACCGGGCACUGGAGGCCUGCGGCCCUCGUGGUGCCCGUGUCUGGGUAGCUUUGGCACGAGCUUGGCGGGCACAGGGCUGGGCAGGGCUGUGUCUGAGAUCGAGGCCAGUCUCAGGGUGAGGCCGCCACCCAGGGUGCGGGCCUGGCAGAGCCAGCGCCAAGGCAGAGGGGCCUCCGGACCCCUCUUCCCAGCCUCGGGGUCCCCAGGCAGCUGGGCCCGGCUCCUCCAGGGCCGAGACAGGGCUCUGGGCCGGCUGGACUCCGGGGCUCUGAGUGACCCCCCCGCAGCCCAUCUGCGUCCCCCGUCCCCACGCGGAGAAGCAUAGAGAUGAGUCUGCUCGGUGGACACGGAACCCGCGUGCUGACUGCUGACACGUCGGGGCGAAGCGCUUUCCCCAGCCGAUUAAACCUCUCCCGCCGC